ACUUAUGUGUCCAUUUGUUAUUUUCAUAUGAGCUUUGAUAGAAAAACUACGAGAAAGAAGAGGGAAACGAGAAUGCUAUGAAUCUCCCUUCUCUCAUUCGCUUCCCUGAGCGUCUUCUUGCUCCUCGUUGCUCAACACUUCCCACUAACACUAUCAGGAGCAAUAGCGUGGAGAAUGUUGCAAUUGUUGGCCGUAAUCUGAAUUUUUCCUUCACGGCAAGGCAAACAAAUGAUGUGCGAGUUCUCAGGGAUUGUUCACUUCGCAUUCCUUCUGGGCAGUUUUGGAUGCUUCUUGGACCCAAUGGGUGUGGAAAAUCAACCCUCUUGAAGAUUUUGGCUGGUCUCUUGGCUCCAACUUCAGGAACAGUGUAUGUGAAUGAGCCUAAAAGUUUUGUUUUCCAAAAUCCAGAUCAUCAGGUGGUGAUGCCCACAGUAGAUGCUGAUGUUGCAUUUGGUCUUGGUAAAUUCAACUUGCCCAAUGAUGAGGUCAGAUCUAAGGUGCAACGAGCUUUGCAUGCUGUUGGCCUGUCUGACUACAUGAAGAGAUCUGUCCAAACUCUGAGUGGCGGUCAGAAGCAGAGGGUUGCCAUUGCUGGUGCUCUAGCAGAAGCUUGCAAAGUUCUAUUGUUGGAUGAGCUAACCACAUUCUUAGACGAAACUGACCAGGUUGGGGUUAUCAAAGCUGUUAGGAACACUUUGGACACCUCUGCAGAUGUCACAGCAUUAUGGGUCACCCAUCGUUUGGAAGAACUAGAGUAUGCAGAUGGUGCCAUCUACAUGGAGGAUGGGAAAGUGGUCAAGCAUGGAGAUGCGACAAGCAUAAGGAGUUUCAUUGAAGCCAGGCAAUCCGCUUAUAUAAACCAGAUUAAUUCCUAAACAAGUCUUCUUAGUUUUCAGAAAUUGGUUCCCAUUACACAUUGAAGCUAACAAGAUUGGAAGGUCACAAGCUCCAUUUAUUUCCCUCCUUAUAAGGUUAAAAAAGUGUAGCACCUGGAAAACAAAAGGGGUGGUUAUUUCUUGUAUAUGUUGCUGAAGAGUUACCUCGAAUCUUUCUCGGUGUAUUACAAUCAUUGUAACUUGUUGUCAGCAAAUUAUGUGGAACUCCAAAUUUUCUGAUGGAGGAGUGUUUUUUCUUUUGUUGCUUUUGAGAUUUACUAUCCUGGCA